CCUUAUGUCCAUUGCUUGGCGUAUAAAACAGGAUCACUCAACGCUCAUUCGCACAGUCACAAACUGAGAGUGAUCGCGUACGGCUCGCACCAUAAAUAUUAUUUCAACGAAUUUUAAAUUAUUUUCGUGCUUCAACGAAGACUGUCUUCUUAUUUGAAACAAAAUGUCGCGUUCUUUUCUAAUGGAUUCUCUAUUGAGUGAUGUUCCACUCUCCAAAAAGGAGAGCUUGGGUUCGCCAACUUCUUCACUGCCCACGGAUUCACCAACAUCGCCUGCCAUGGACGCGGCAACAGCGGCGGCGGCUGCAGCUGCAGCAGCUAUAUUACCCAGUAUACCAAUGUUUCCAUACCCAGCGAGCUAUGUGGGCAGCUACCUCUUCUCACUGGGCAUACAGCAACAGCAGCAGCAGCAACAGGAACAACACAGACAACACCAACAAGCAGCCGCAGCGGCUGCAGCAGUAGCAGCAGCAGCUUCAUUCCAUCGCCACAGUCAAAGUUCACAAGCUUCGUCGCCACAUUCGCCGCUUCUGCAUCCGUACGCGGCUUCAUUGUUAACAAAGAAACGAAAAUCUGCAGGAUUCGAUUACUAUACCCCAGCACCACAACUGUCUUACAACACUCACUCAUUACCGCACACCGACGCUUUCUGCACAUCACCUACGGCCUCGUCUACGGGCUCCACAAUUGAGUAUGGCAGUCAUGGUGAGGAUAUGCCGUCGGCAAAACGCUUCAGGCAGGACUCCGCUUCAUGUUCACCGCUGAGUUCGCCCAACAAAGGUGUUCUUCCACCAGCGGUUGUGUUAAAUUCUUGCUCGGCUAACCAAUGUGCAGUUUCCACAACCUCCAGUGCAUCCUACACUAACGCCAACAACUCCGUUACAACGUGUGGCCGUAGUCUUCAACUGGAUAUUACUCCUGUGAUUACCGACUAUGCGGACUCUAGUAAACGCAUACGCACUGCUUUCACCAGCACCCAGUUGCUCGAGUUGGAGCGUGAAUUCUCCCUAAAUGCCUACUUGUCACGUUUGCGUCGCAUUGAGAUCGCCAAUCGUUUGCGUCUCUCUGAGAAACAAGUGAAGAUUUGGUUCCAAAAUCGUCGUGUGAAACAAAAGAAGGGUUCGGAAAGUCCUACUUUCAACUUUAGCGCUGGUAGUAUGAGCCCAACUUCGUCAUCGGGCGAUAGGCAACAGCAGAGCCCCAGCGCGUCACCGAUCGGAAGCGGUCAGCAGUGUUGUUGUGCGAAGAAUGUGAAGGCUGAACCCAAACGCGUCAAUGACUCACCCAUACGUUGUGGUCAUCGGUCAUGUGGAGUGGCGGAAAUAUAGCACGUAAACAAGGAGUUUUUAAGUACGAACAA